CGCAGUUAGAUACCUACGUGAGACCAGUUGGUUUCUAUGCUCGGCAGCCUCGACAGUUGUCGUUCGGUAACUCUUGCAGAGCAUUCGCUUUUCCGAGAGCUACUACUGCGAAGCCUGUGACAGGAUCCGUUGCUGAAAAAAUCACAGAAAACUUUUAAAAGCGACUACCCAGCUUCUGCAUUGACUCGGACUAUCUUCAAGAUGGCAAAUUUAAAGGAGGCUUUAGGAACAGACGAGCUGACUAAUAAAAAAGCUGGCCUUUACCGAGCACUGAUCGCAGAAUUUCUUGGUACGCUGCUGUUGAACUUCUUUGGAUGUGGAUCUGUCGUCACGGGCAACGUCGUGGCCAUAAGCUUGGCUUUUGGUUUGACUGUGGCCGCAGCAAUUCAAGGAAUAGGACAUAUUUCUGGUGGUCAUGUUAAUCCCGCUGUCACGUUCGGAUUAAUGGUGAUUGGCAAGGUGCCAGUUAUCAGAGGCUUGCUAUACGUAAUACUUCAAUGUAUAGGCGCAGUAGCAGGAUCUGGUAUACUAAAAGCGUUAUCUCCUGAGAGGAUGGAACAUGUUUUAGGCGUAGUAUCUCUUUCGCCAGGCGUUACUCCUGUCCAAGGUUUCGGUAUAGAAUUUUUCCUCGCCUUCGCAUUGGUUCUGGUCGUAUGCGGUGCAUGCGAUGCAGCAAAACCAGACAGCAAGGGGAUUGCUCCUCUUAUAAUCGGAUUUACAGUUUCUCUCUGUCAUAUCGUCGGUAUACCAAGAACUGGCGCAGGUAUGAAUCCAGCUCGGUCACUCGGUAGUGCCAUUGUAAUGGAUAUAUAUGAGGAUCACUGGCUGUAUUGGGUUGGUCCAAUCCUUGGUGGUAUGGCAGCUGGAUUGAUCUACGCGUUCGUAAUCGGUCCUGCGAAAGAGUCGAAAAAUUCCAACCGAGUGUACACGGUCGCCGCGACGGACGAGAAGGAGAAGUUCGAGUACAUAGACAGCGGACACGGUGGACUUUAAAAAUGAUGCCGACAUAAAGAAAGAUUCGAAGACGGAAAUGUCAUAUUUUUAUAUCGUAUGUUAUAAUUAUGAUAAUCUGUGAAAUCGGAAAUAUUCGAAGUGUUAUUUUUACAGCUACAGAAUCUUACCAGCAAGAGGAAAGAUAACCCCGCUUGACGCUCUAACUAUCGCUAACCAUCGCAUUCUCAAUUGCCGAAUCGUUAUCUAUGUAAUGAUUUAAGUGGCUGAAAUAUGUGAAUUUUAUGCUAUUACAGUUAUUUAAUCAACGUGUAAUCAACCGAAAAUAUUUAAACAGUUAUAGAACAUAAUACUCAUGAAUGCUGAUCAUAUGGAAAGAGCAAUUUGUUUUCAAUUUAUGCAAUUCAUCUUAAUAAUCAUAUAUGUGAUGAUCUUAGUUUAUCGAAUAUACAAAUAUGCAUUUGUUCGCUUGUAUUUAAAUACAUACAUGUACUUUACCUGUAACGUUAAGUCGCUCUUUUGUAUCACACUUAUUUUACCGAACGGAGUUGUUGCACGCCAAAGAUUGAUUCUGCCGAACUGAAAUAUUAUAGUGUCGACAUCUUCUGCUAGUUAGAUGCAACCUAUUUAUUGGAAAUCGUUUAUAAAACACUUAUAAACUGUCGAUAAAUUAUCAAAAAUUAUAUACGAACUAUAUACGCCUUUCAUACAUCAUUGAUAUAGAAAAUCAUAUUCGAUGAAUGCCAAUAUAAGUUAAUCUAUGUUAAUUUGUAGUAUUUUAUUUAUCGACAUUGAUAUAUUAUACUCUAGGUUACAAUUAUAUAAUUAAUAUUAUAUAUGUAUAAUAGAUGAUCAGAAUAUGUAACAUGCAAUAUCUAAUUUAUAAAUUCUGGUGACAAUGCGUUUUCAAUAUUUAAUCAAUGUUUAUACAUCCUUAUAGGUAAAUGAUCAAUUAAAUAUCAAUCUUCGUAUUCCUAUAUUUUAUAUAUAUUGUAUUUUUUAAACUCAUAAGAUACAUGUAAUUUUGUUAUAGAUUGCAUAUUAAAGUAUAAUUGGAAUAAUAUAUCACAUAUUUAAUCAUGUUCGGAUAUAUUAAUAAUGAAAUGCAUGCAUAUCAAAGUAUGUGCUAUAACCAAUUGUAUGAAAUAAAAUGUAAAUAUUUUGUAUGAAAGUACAAUUACACGUGUUGUUUGUACUAUGUAUAUGUGCGAUGAAGGUAUUCCCAAAAAAUAAGCAACACUUUUAAUUUUACAUUUACACAGCAUACUUUGUAUUUGAUACAUAGUUUGAAAUGUUUAUAGAAUAUUGAAUAAUCUAUGUUCCUUUUCCAUUCUAGCUUGACAAAAUUAGCAUAAUGUGAUUAAAUAUUACAGUAAGUUUAAUCCUUUAAAGUACCUUGUAAAUUCCCAAAGGUGGAAUCAAGUGUAUAACAAUGGUAAAAAAAUGUAAUAUAUCAUUAAAAUGGGACGAUUUUACCUAUAAUUGAAACAAAUAAAAAAUCCGAAUACAGUA